GUCUAUUUUAUUAUAUUUUACUGGAGGAUAAACAUGUCCUUUUGCCGCUCCAACCGGUUUCAAGCUUCAGUGCUCCAACAUCUCUCUCCUCCAACCCCAAAACCCUCGCCAUAGAUCUCGAUUCUUGGCCUCGAAAACCACCGCCAGUCUUCUCCCAGAUCUCCAAAAGCGUCCGUCAAAAGGAUUCGGAGCGCUUUCAAGAGCGGAUAUUUCCCCCUUAGGAUUUUGGAUUCUGAAUUAGGGUUUUGUUGCGUCGAAUGGCGUCGAACAGCAACAACCAAUCUUGGGCCCUUCGGCCCUGGGGAACCCCGGAAUGGCUUCGCCAGCGGCCAGCCAAUCCUCCCAUCUCCGCCCUCAUUCGCUGCCUUAGGCGUUGGGGUUUUCCCUUUCCAAAGGCACGGGGCGGGGCUGACCAAUAUGGUGCUCUUGCCGGCUGGUCGGUGGUGGUGCAGGUGGUGCUGUGGGGUUGGACUGGGAGGCGGCGGCGGCGUACUACGCGCGGUCGGCGAAGAGGACGGGCGGCCCUUCGUGGAUGUGGAGAAUCACAAGAGCAGAGCAGACUCGGCCUCUCCGACCGUCGUCAAAACCUCGAUUGCAAGACAUGGCAGUGGAGAACGGAGGCGGCGCGGGACCUGUCGAAAGCCGGCCGGAGUCUUCGUCAUCGGAUCCCCCAACGUUGGCAAGCGGACUCUCCUCUCCC